AUGGCCGAAACCAACAGCCGCAGCGCCGGGCCAGACUCCGGCGCAGCCACAACGCAACCCCGGCAGCGCCGGCGCUCGAUCGCGGGCGCAGCGGCCGAGACGGUGGUCUCCAAGGCCAAAGCCGCCGAGUCGGCGCUGGAGUCGGCGCUGUUGGUCCUGUGGGACGACCUGCCGCACUGGCGGCGCGACAACGCCUACAUCCUGUCCGGGUACCGCGCCGACAGCAACAGCUACGCCAAGUCGCUGCGGUCGCUCUUCUACGUGCACAACGAGUCGGUCAACGUCUGGACGCACCUCGUGGGCGCCGUCGUCUUCCCGGCCGUCGGCUGGUGGCUGUACCGCGAGAUCGCCCCGCGCCUGUACGCCGCGACGAGCAGCGCCUCGCCCUCGGACGUCCUCGUCUUCGCCUGCUUCUUCGCCGGGGCCGCCUGCUGCCUCGGCAUGAGCGCUACCUACCACCUGCUGUCGAACCACAGCCCGGAGGUCGCCAAGUGGGGCAACAAGCUGGACUAUUCCGGCAUUGUCUUCCUGAUCGUUGGUAGCUACGUCCCGGCGCUGUAUUAUGGCCUGUUCUGUCUGCCGCAGCUGAUGACGGUGUACCUGUACGGGAUCUUCUUGCUAGGCCUUGGGUGUGGCAUCGUCAGCUGGGUUGAGCGGUUCCGGACGCCUCGAUGGAGGCCAUACCGGGCGAUGAUGUUUGUCGGCCUCGGAGUCUCGGGUGUGCUGCCAGUCUGCCACGGCAUCACCAUCUAUGGGUAUCACGACCUUGAGGCGCGGAUGGGUCUCAACUGGGUGCUUUUCCAAGGCUUUCUGUACAUCUUCGGGGCAUUCUUAUACGCCGUACGAUGGCCAGAGAGGAGUGCUCCUGGUACUUUCGACAUCUGGGGGAGCUCACAUCAGCUCUUCCAUAUUCUUAUUUUGUUUGCUGCUGCGGCACAUCUAAAGGGCAUGUUGAAAGCAUAUGACUACCACCAUAGCAUAAUGGGUGCUCAGUGUUAA